CAUACUGGUACUCCAGUGACAUCAGACGUUACAUGGCUGAGACUGGUUGUAAAGCAAGAAGACCCAAAAUGUUAAGCCUGUGCUUAAGAAUGUGAAUUUCUGUUUAUAUGGCAAUGAUGCAAGCUUGGGAAAAGAGAAUUUAUAUUCUGAUAGCAAGGACAUGGUCAAACAAAGUACCACCCUUGGUCAUUACAAUCCACAGGUAAACAGCAACAAACAAAAAAUGGACACUCAGUUAUUCUCUCCUUUGUUAGGAGGGAUUACUAGUACACCGCCACCUCUGGAAUCGUCCCGGUUAUAUAGUCAUUGGUCUGUGUGUGGAGACGAUGCCAAUAAAACAACAACUUUACAAGACUGCACAAAAAAAAGGCCACAGAUAAACCUUUCGUACUCUGGCAGUGGCCCAGAUAUGUUCGGGUUAGUGUCAAGCAUCUUAGAAGAGCCAAACAAGCCAGAACCAGUUACGGAUUGGAAUUCGCUUUCAAAACUGUUUCCACCCAUGUGGGCAUCUGACCUUGGAAACACCGGUGACUUCUCAGGGCUUUCUUCCAAACACUCUUUAGAGAGUAAGGAUUUUCCAAACCUGAUUGGUGCACCAACCUACUAUCAAGAACACUUGCAAAAGUCACCUGAUAUGGAAACUUUACACAGGGGGUUUGAGGACCUUCAUCUUAUAGAGUCUUGGCUCUCUCCUCCAGACCCUUCCACUCUGCCACCUGACAAUAUCUUGAACAUUUAUCCAGAAAAUUCUGCCUUUCAAAAUAAUGCCGUAAUUCAGCAAGAACAGUUUACAUUGCAAAAUUUAGAGUUUAAUCAACAUGUGUGCAAUUAUGACGAGAUGAAAUUAAAUAGGAACUAUGAAAAGAACUGUUCUGAUUUUGGCACUUAUUCUUCUCAAAACAGAAUCAAAGAUGUCGCUAGUAUUCAGAAAGAGUAUUGGAAAACUGACCGAGCAAGAGGGAAACUUAUGAAAAAUGACACCCACGAGCAAACCAAGUACUCGCCUAAUUUAUCCAGUCCCCCUGUUGAUGGCACAUGGGACAAAGUGUGCCAGGAUAACCACAGGUUUCCUAAAAGAUAUGAAGACUUUACAGCUUCUCAUAAAUCUCAGCCACCUAUUCACUCAUCGCAAUGUUUUUUCAAUCAGUCCUCGUCUACUAAGGAAAAUAGCUUUGUUGGAGUAGCAAACAAAAAAUCACAGGGAGCCCGUAUGCAAAAUGGCCAUAACUGUUUCAAUUUGGGGGAAACCUUGAAUAACAACGAAUGUGAGAUCUAUCUGAAUCCUAAAGAAUGUUCUCAUAAACCCCCUGAAUAUGAUUUGUCUGUGAGAACUGUUCAACAAAAUGGAAGUUACUCAUCUUGCCAUGGCCAUGCAUGGCUAGACGGUAAAAUCUUAAGUCCCACAACUGCAUCUGAUAUUGCAUAUGGUAAGCAAAACCAAGUAGUAACAAGCCCACAGUCCUCUUCAGGGGUUUCAACUAUGUCCAGUGGAUCCCCCACACACCAGGCUGUAACCCAGGCCUCUUAUUACUCUCAAGCGUCACCAGUACUUUCUGCACGAAAAGAUGGAAGGUUACAAGUAUCAAAUGGUAUUUCUAGUAAUAUGGGGUUUUCUAACUUCAUUGGAGAAAAUCAGAAACAGAUUAAGCCUAUUGGGCAUUCCCAGCAUGAUUCGUUGGCUAGCAAGGAGGAGCAGUACCGCAAGCUACCUAUUAAUUUUUCGUCCAACUGGUUAACGCAACAGAACUCUAAAAGUGAAGAGUCGGAAAGGUACCAUCGAUUUCAAAAAAAGCAAUGUCAAGACAAUAACAAAGAUGAUAAAAGAGGUGGUAGGAAAAAUUGGAUUCCCCACUCUGGAUACGCAACUUCAAAUCGUCAGCACUUCAACAUGUUCCAAAAGAGACCAGAGCAGAACGGUGGCAAUAUGUCGGAUUUCAUCAAUCCUUCUUUUCUUCCCUCUUUCCCCUUAAUGUCUGAUUUUAAGCAAAAUCCCAGCUUUCCUCCAUUUAAUACCCACCUGUUUUCAUCAGCAAAUAAUUUUGCAUUUCCUCCUUCUCCGUUUCCAUUUUCGGAACUUGUUGACCUCUCUCACUAUGAUGAUUUUAACCACUUGAAUCCCUUAAUUAAUGAUCUGUUUUGUGGGGAAAUAGCUGCACCAUACUUUGCCUUUCCAACACCUUUUAACAAGUAUAGACCUCCACGACACCGAAGUGGGCCUGCUAAUGAGCUUCACAUGCGAUUGGAAGAGUGUUAUGAGCAGUGGAGAGCUCUGGAGAAAGAGCGGAAAAAGGCUGAGGCUGAUCUUGCAAUACAUUUUCCAGGAAAGCGGGUAUCUAGCUCAAAUAACACUCCUGUUUCUCAACUUCCUGCUAACCCUUCAAGAGUGGAUCGUUUAAUUGUGGACCAGUUCCGAGAACAGGCCAGAGUACUCGCCUUAAUAAGAAAAAUGGAAAGGCUUCAAGGUAGUCCGGUCCAUGGUAACAUAUCUGCUACUCUGGAGCAUCAUUUAGAAGCCAUCCAUGUUACACAAGCAAAGCGUAAGGAUGAGAUCGUUAAUGCUGCUAGUCUGCAGAGACAAGGAGCGCCUCGUUAUAACAGUGAGAAAGAUGUUCUUGCUCUGGCAGUUGCCAUCAAAGAAUUGGCCGUCUCCACACGCAAGGCUCGUACCGCUUUAUGGUGCGCGUUGCAGAUGACUCUACCGCAGACCUCCUUGAGCAGUCCCGUAAAACAGGAGGAAGUUGAAAGGGCGCUACAAGAGCUUUGCCCUAGGAAUGCAAGCACGCAAGAAAAAGACAGUGUGGGACAUGAAGACAAGGGAAGCAGAAAAGAAAAACCUGAAGAACCAAUGCAGAUUUUUGAAUAAAAGCGAAAAAAUAAAAAAGGGGGGUGAGGGGGAGGGAAUAAGUGCAUUGUAAUGUACUAGACCUUUUUUGCUAGGUUAUACAAAAUGAGAAUAACAUCACCGAUCAGUACUGCAGUUUUAUUACUGUGAUUCUGGUGUUGCAACACACUACUUGUAUAAUAGUGUUACUGAAGUUUUAAUAUUGCUGGUAUAUUGCAGUGUCUACUUCAUAAAAUAAGGAUUUUAUUAAUAAGGGGAACUGGGCAGGAGCUGAGCAUUUCCUUGACCACUUACCCAAAGCUCUGUGUCGGUUAUGACUCAAGUCAUCAACUGAGUAACCAGUGAGUGGCUAGGCUAAUUUUUUCAUUUGUUAUACAAUGUAUCCUAUUUGAGAAAUGUCAUUUAAGAGUUAUUUUAUAGUUGUUGGCCUUUUUUGCAUCAUUAUGUAGUUCUUUUAAGUGCCAAAGUGAUUGCUAAAUCAUCUAAUUUUCUAUCGUGUCACCCCACACUGAAUGGUCCACACUUUUAUGCGGUGUUAUUGUGACAGGUUGUCUAAUCUUUCGGGUAAUUGCCAAAAGUCUGAUGAGAAUAAUCGGUGUUUAAUGUUGGGUACAUGAAAUGCUUCAGCAAGUUGUGCUGCCUGUCUAAACCAAAUUUUCCCACGGAGUAGUCUGUUACAAAAUUUUAGAUUUAAAAAAUGAUGGAGACUUUAGAGUUGUAUUAAAUGUUACAUUAAGAGAGAUGUUUGCAGGUGAUAUAAACUUAUCACUCAGGAGUAGAAAAUUUAGAUUUACUGAUGCCUCAGUGGGUUAAAAAGAGUAACAAUAUAAUUUAGUAUGCACUUAAUUGAAAUGAUGUGGUUAUUAAUAUAUGUUUAUGGUACUAUAAUUUUCUGAAACAUUCCAUAUUUAUUUUAAUAUUUUAAUUGUAUGCUUAUUUAAAAAUCUAUUUUAGUAAUAUACUGUUGGGUCUUUUGCCAAACCUUCCUAAUAAUCAUAAUUAACGAUUUACUCAGGAAAUAUGUAUAUUAUAUAUAAAUAUACACAUGGUAUUUAGGGAUUUUUUGGGGGAAGAGAUGUUUGCAAAAUAUUUACAUAAAGCUAACUAUAUACUAGGUUACCAAAGCUGUUUAACUGGUUUGUUUUAGCAUGAGAAGGUGUCAUAUAUUUAAUUGCUAUUACUAGUUGUCAUCCUGUGGCUUAGACAAUCAGAAGUGUUAUGUAUCAAUGUGAAUGUACAGGGUGAGAAUUAGAAAAGGAAGAGUAAUUCACGUUUUGUUCUUAUUGCACUAAUUAUAAGUAUUUUAAUGCUUUAACAAUCGUGUCUUAAUGUUAGAUUGUCUCUUAAAAUGUACUAAUAACCAAGUAAUGUCUUAGGUGUUAGUAUGUUGAUGGACAGCUUUUGAAGAGCAGCUUGUGUUUUAAAAAUAAUUAUGCUGAGGAUAGCAAGAAAGGCUGAAAGGCUCCAGAAGAGAAUUGAUCUGUGGUUCAUAAUGUUAUAAUGUUGAAUUUGACUUUAUGCGUAAAUACAGAAUCCUGUUUCCACAUAUAUGCACCUGCUAAAUAUUUCGGGCAGUCUGUAGUUUUGGACCUGUGAAUGUGGGUUUUUUCCCAGAACAGACGUAGUUUCGUAGUACUGUUAUUAACAGGGAUGAGGCAACGAAUGUGCAGUUUUGUAGAAGAAGCCCAGAGAAGCCUCAUUUUGACCUGCUGAUUUUUAAAAAAUGAAAAACAAAGAAAUAGUCAAAAGGCAGAAUCUGAUUGCAACUAUGCUCCGUGCUUUGUAGGGAAAACCCAGUUCAGCUCAACUGGAUAUUUUUUUCAGUAUUAGUCUAAACCUAGAAGUCCAUUUUAAAGAGAACUAGUUCACUGCAGUGCGGGUGGGUUUUCUGUAUGUGUGCAGUUUUAUUUGCACAAAUGAAUUUCAGAAGGUCAAAUAGGCUUUUGUGAGAAGUUAGCUGUAGUUGGUAGUCUAAAAGAACGCCCGAGUUGCAGCAUUUGAGUUAAUAAUGGAAUUUGUGUGUUUUGAUUUUGAUGAUGAUUAACAGGAAAUCGGAGUUUGAACAUCUUGAUUUUGCAUUUCUGUUUACAGAAUGAUUAUAGUUCUGCAGGAUUGUUUUGUAAUAGUGAAUGUACUGGACGUACUAAGUCCUUGUAUUUUUUUUGUGUGGUGUUUAUUAUCGUGAAGGAAUGUGGUCCUAAUUGGUUCCUAAUAUAGUUAAUGUGCCUUUUAACAGUCUUAUUUUUCAAAAACGGUAAGUAACUGUGUAUGCUCACUUCGGCUUUCUAUUGCAAUUUAAUAAUACAUUUAAAGGGGUUACAAUGUAGCUGCACUUGACUAUAGCUAAGAAGUAGCAUAUAUCAAUAUUGUUCUUGCAUAAUGUUCGAUUUGUCCAGUUAUUGGGAUCUUUUAACAACUGUAAAGCACCCUAGCUGUUGAGAUUUGUCACGAGUCAAACAUAUUAAUAACUGAUCUUGGUUGCAACCAGUGUGCUUGCUUAAUUUGUUUUGACUUGAUCUGCUUGUUUCUUCAUAAAAACGAAGUAUGCGAUGGACACGUUAGCAUGGAAAUAUUUUUCUGUGCGUUUCUUGCAAUACUCUAACAAUAGCAGCAAUAGAAAUGCAGACGACAAAACGGAACUGCUAGAAUGUCUUAAUUCUGUGUGCGACGUACCCCAUACACUCCUAUUUCAGGGGAAAAUAAGUCUUUUGUAAAUGGACCAGUUUGCAUUCAGGGUUGCAGUCCCCUGAACACACCUAGUAUUUCUAGGUGUUUUAGUGCUCCAUUUGGCAGUGAAAUACGAUUAACGUAAGUAGCUGGUCAGGUCUCUGCGAGAAUAAGUGUUGCUACCUUUGUUUAUUUUGUGGCUAAUCCUAUUCUUCGACUUCGGUGGAAGCAGGGUUGGGUUAGUAAGACUGCAGUCUUGAUUAAACUAGACGUUGAUUUGCACGAUGUUUGGGGGUGGUUUGGUUUUGUUUGUAAAAGAAACAAACACAUGGCAAAUUUUCCAUUUUUCAGCGUUUCCACCCAUCUUGGAAAGAGGUGUUGUUUUUUUUAUUUGAUUGGCUUACGCAAUUAGACUCAGUGGAUGAGAUGGGAGGAAAGAUUUGCUGCCAGCACUAAUUGAGAGCAACUGAAUAAUACGAACCCUCUCAAUUGUAAGCGUGCAGGAUGUUUAGAAAAUGAUUUUUCAAAUCAGGGUCGUUACAAUACAGGUGUAUGUAUUUUGAUAAAAUAAAGGUGACCUUUGCUAUUUGAAGAUCCCAACCCAUCAAUACAAUAUAAAGCAUAGGCUUGAAGAUCAUAAGCCAAAUGCCGUUUAUUGGGGACAUAACAAGUGAAACUAGUGGUGGUUCUGUCGUAGCUGUCCCCCGGGGAGCAUCUGCUCGGCCCGCUGCAACGAGAGCACGCUUGUGCCCGUGGCUGUACCUCUACCUCUCCUCGGCACCCCUAAACUUCUUGUGACCCAUUUGAGCUAUUUUGACAGAACUGCUAUACAGAUAUUACUAAUAGGAUCAACGUUAUUUGUCACCAAUUACUGUUAAGGAAGGAGAAUUGCUGCCCUGCAGAGCUGUGUCCUAACAGGGAAGACUUCCACGAUUCAGAAAGGUUGCACCAGUCUCGUGCUCCCCACGUGUUGAUCCUGCUGCUCUUCCUCUCCGUGCGCCACAACACAGCUGUUAGAAAUCAUGUCUUCUAUGUGUGGAUGGGUUGAAUGUCCUAAAUGGUUGAUUUACGUUUUUAGCAGAAAGCUAAUUUUUUUUUUUUUUACCUGAUGCCUCUUUAAUUGUGGUUCUCCUUUGCCUGAAAUCCUAGCAUUCGCCUUGACUCUGGAUGCAUGGUUAUGCGAGGCCACAGCUACUGCUUGUCACUGGAGUGAGGAUGUGAACUUAGAUGUGUGGGUUGUAUUACUACUGAAAGGAAGAAUUAAAACCACUUCAACCAGUAUAAUUAA